CCCUACUCUGUUCUCUAAGGAUCCGUGUCCCCUGUGUGACGAAGCUAAAGAGCAGCUGGAGCCUCUCAGACACAGAUUUGUCCUGCAGCAGGUGGAUAUCUCCCUCCCUCAGAACGCUGUCUGGAGGCAGCGCUACGCUCUGGAUAUUCCCGUCUUCCACCUGAACGGACGCUUCGUGAUGAAGCACCGCGUGGACCUGCAGCUGCUGGACUCCCUGCUGAGAGACGAGCAGGGGACGGGAGGACAGGAGGACAACUGAAUACGCUUUAAUAAAUACUUUAAAUCAUCAAUAAAGAAUAAAACAAGCUGUCA